GGUCAACAAAACACCUCUGAGCGUCUCCAAUGUUCAAAAGACCAUUUCUCUGCUUGUUUUUGGUCAACUCAACUCCCAACAAAUUUCCAUGGCAUUUUUUAUGUUGUGUUUCCUCUCACCCCCAUUUAUUCUCCACCUUCCUCCCUCUCUUUUCAUCUCUGCUUCCCCUUUGAACCAUGUUGCGUUACCAAAUGAUUCAUUCAACACCCUCUUUCCGUGACUCCCUCAAGGCACUUGAAGCUGACAUCCAACAUGCCAAUGUGCUGGCAGCUUCUAUUCCAAGGGACAAGGGCAGGACUUGCCUUCAAAUGAAGUUGGUCUACAAUAAAGUGGCACCUCUUUUUCUCUUUCUAUUUCAAUGGAUGGAUUUCUCAUGCUCCUGUCUACCUUCAACUCAUUUUAAUCUUUUUCGUGUAGUUGUCUACAAGGUGCAUACCAAUGCGAAGCCAGAUACUUAUUCUUGUGGAAGAAAAGCAACUGUAAGCGAGUUCUACAAUGUUAUAUUACCUUCUCUACAGCGUCUUCAUGGUGAUUUAGUAGAAGCUGACAUUACUCGAGCAAAAGAUCACAACAUGGAGAUGGUUAUCAAGGGGAAUGAGGAGGAUAAGAGGAAUACUUCUGAUUUUGACUUGGAGAGAGAAAUUGAGUGUGGCAUUUGCUUAGAGUCCUGCACCAAAAUGGUUUUGCCUAAUUGCUGCCACGCCAUGUGUAUAAAUUGUUACAAUGACUGGAAAACAAGGUCAGAGUCUUGUCCAUUUUGCCGGAGAAGUUUAAAGAGAGUUAAAUCGGGGGAUUUGUGGGUUCUAACAUGCAGUAGAGAUGUGAUUGAUAUGCAAACCAUAUAUAGAGAAGAUAUGUUGCGUCUCUAUCUCUUUGUAAACAACCUUCCCCAAUAUACCCCAGAUGCUCUUUUUCUUGGGUAUUACGAGUACUUAUUUUAAUUGAAGAUACAAUAUUGGUAGC